AUGUAUUUUUUUCUUCUUGUCUUAUCAAAAGCUGCCCGGCAUCCUCAGCUGAUCCCUUGGGUCUUUGCUGUUGUUUUCAUCUCACUUCUCAGUGCUUGCUUUAUCACAAGUUGUUUAGUGACUCAUCGUUACUCUUUACGGUGGAAGAAAGGAGGGGGGAAGUUAUCAGACUCCCAGACAGAGCUAACAUGCAUCCGAGAGGGGCCAGAGCUGGGAGCUGCAGGAGGUACCUGGACCUGUUGUCCUGUUAGCUGGAAAGCCUUCCAGUCUAACUGUUACUUUCCUUUUAAUGACAACCAGACCUGGCAUGAGAGUGAGAGGAACUGCUCAGGGAUGAGAGCUCAUCUGGCGACCAUCAACACUGAAGCAGAGCAGAACUUUGCGACUCAGUUUUUGGAUAGACGAUUUUCCUAUUUCCUGGGACUUACAGAUGAGGAUGUGGAAGGUCAGUGGCAGUGGGUGGACAAGACGCCAUUUAACCCACGCAUGGUAUUCUGGAAAGAUGGUGAACCCAACGGCUUUGUGGAAGAAAACUGUGUUGCCCUUGUUUAUGCCCAGGAUAAAUGGGCCUGGAAUGACUUUCCUUGUGACCUUGAGGGGAGAAGAAUUUGUGAGUCACCUGGAACAACAUUCAUUUGGAAGCCCUCAAAGUGAUCCUUAUGAUGGAGAUGGCAAAGAUGAGCCUAUCAGACAUGGAGAGAGUGUCUACACAUCAUAGAAAUAGAGAACACACUGCGUGUAGGGCACUGUCUACCAUGAGGAUGUUCAUCAUUAUUUUUGCUUAAAUUUAAUACAACAUACAUAAUGUGCUUUGUGUUCUAUGUAAGAAUGAUCAUCAUUCUAUGGGAUUCUAUUUUUAAUCUUUCCUUCCUUGAUA